AAGUGGUCCGUCUGGAAAUUCCUUCCCCCAAAAAUCUUCUCGUCGAACGUCCAACGAGGAGUCAGAGUAUCUCGACAGGGUUGAUCACGAUUAAUUCGACUCAACGUGUCGGAUUGAAGAAACAGAGUGAUUGUUGUUCAUAAAAUAACGUCAGUUGACAUUUCGCUUGUUGACAGCUGGUGCGAGUUCAGAACCGACAGGUUAAUAUCAGGAUGGCGGAGGCGCCAGGUACUUCUAGCGAGACGAUAACGGAGACCGUUCAAGUUGACACACCGCCACCGCCCCAGCAGGAGGGACGUAGCCUGACCAUCAAGCUGAGGAAGAGAAAGACUGACAAGAAGGUGGAGUGGUCCAGCGACACAGUGGACAACGAGCAUCUGGGAAGGAGGUCCUCCAAGUGUUGCUGCGUCUACGAGAAGCCCAAACAGUUUGGGGAGUCCUCCUCUGAGAGUGAGGGAGAUGACGAGGGCUGUGGAAGUGCACACUGCAUUCUGGGACAUGGGAAAGACGGCAGGCAUGGACACAGAGGAGGGGGUGGGGGGAGUACGAUUCCUCCAAGCUCUGGGGGAUCACAUGCCCACUAAUGAUUAGGAAUGGUGCUGAGGUGGGAAUGGAGCAUAGGGAUUCUUCAGUCGAUGACAAUGACACAUUAUACUGCUACACACACACACUCAUUUAGUUCAGUCACUGCAGUACUGAGAGGAAAAGGACAAGAAGAAGAUAAAACUGAGGGAGGGAGAGAGCCUAUAUUUCUGCCUGUACCCCUUUUUCUUAUCAAUCAUUUUCCUUAUUUUUAUAAAUAAUAAUUAUCCUUAUUUAUUGAUUUGUCGUAAUACUUGAUUUUACUUAAUUAUGUGUCAGUAUCUUAGCCUGAGUGCCAGACAGUGUUCCUUCUUGUCAAACAAGGAUUUGGAAAUAUCAUUAUGUAACAUUGUAGAGUGCAUAUAGUGUAGUACCCAGGCUACCACUAGGUCUGGGUCCCAAGUGACACCCUGUUCCCUAUAUACGGCCCUGGUCAGAAGUAUUCACCCCUCUUGGCAUUUUUUCUAUUUUGUUCCAUUAUAACCUGACAUUUUAAAUGUAUUUUUAUUUGGAUUUCAUGUAAUGGACAGACACAGAAUGGUCCGAAUUGAUGAAGUGAAAUGAAAAAAAAAAUACUUGUUUCAAAAACAAAAAACGUGAAAGUGGUGCAUAUGUAUUCACCCCCUUUACUAUGAAGCCCCUAAAUAAGAUCUGGUGCAACCAAUUUACCUUCAGAAGUCACAUAAUUAGUUAAAUAAAGUCCACCUGUGUGCAAUCUAAGUGUCAAAUGAUCUGUCAUAUAUCUACUGAGAUCAUACAUCUGUUCUAAAAGGCCCCAGAGUCUGCAACACCACCAAACAAGCGGCACCAUGAAGACCAAGGAGCGAUCCAAACAGGUCAGGGACAUAGUUGUGGAGAAGUACAAAGUAUUUUUUUUAAAUAUCAGAAACUUUGAACAUCCCACGAAGCACCAUUAAAAUCAUUAAAAAAUUGAAAGAAUAUGGCACCACAACAAACCUGCCAAGACAGGGCCACGCACCAAAACUCACAGACCAGGCAAGGAGGGCAUUAUUCAGACAGGCAACAAGGAGACCAAAGAUAACCCAAAAGUCAUGUGGGAGACUCCCCAAACAUAUGGAAGAAUGUACUCUGGUUAGAUGAGACAAAAAUUUAGCUUUUUGGCCAUCAAAGAAAAUGCUACGUCUUGCGCAAACCCAACACCUCAUCACUCCGAGAACAACAUCCCCACAGUGAAGCAUGGUGGUGGCAGCAUCAUGCUGUGGGGAUGUUUUCCAUCGGCUGAGACUGGGGAAUCUGGCCAGAAUUGAAGGAAUGGUGGAUGGCGCUAAAUACAGGGAAAUUCUUGAGGGAAACCUGUUUCAGUCUUGAAGACAUUUGAGACUGGGACGAAGGUUCACCAUCCAAGGAGGACAAUGACCCUAAGCAUACCGCUAAAGCAACACUCGAGUGGUUUAAGGGGAAACAUUUAAAUGUCUUUGAAUGGCCUAGUCAAAGCCCAGACCUCAAUCUAAUUGAGAAUCUGUGGUGUGACUUAAAGAUUACUCUACACCAGCGGAACCCAUCCAACUUGAAGGAGCUGGAGCAGUUUUGCCUUGAAGAAUGGGCAAAAAUCCCAGUGGCUAGAUGUGCCAAGUUUAUAGAGACAUACCCCAAGAGACUUGCAGCUGUAGUUGCUGCAAAAGGUGGCUCUACAAAGUAUUGACUUUGGGGGGGGGUGAAUAGUUAUGCACGCUGAAGUUUUCAUUUUUUUUUGUCUUAUUUCUUGUUUGUUUCACACCCAAAAAUAUUUUGCAUCUUUAACGUGGAAGACAUGUUGUGUAAAUCAAAGGAUACAAACCCCCCCCCCCCCAAAAUCCAUUUUAAUUCCAGGUUGUAAGGCAACAAAAUAGGAAAAAUGCACAAGGGGAUGAAUACUUUCACAAGCUUUAUAAUUAUUAUUUUUAUCUCUGUUUCAAAGUAAUGGUUUUAAAAACCUACAAUAAUACUUAAACAGCAAUCACUUCUUGUUUUAUGGACACAUUGUUUUACAUAAACUAUCAGUAAACAUUAAAGAUUUUUAGGGAGUA